AUGGGGUUAACAAACAAGAGCGAGGGAGAACAACAGCUCAUGCCCAACAACUCUGAUGCGCCCAAUGAAGAUCAAGGUAAAGAAAUCCAACAGCCAGAAGAGCGUACUCCAGCAGGGCAGCGAACACGAAGAGGAGGCACACAGCCAUCCAGAUAUCAAUUGCCUUCACGUAGGACACCUGCAACAUCCACCAAUGGAGCAGUCAACUUUCCAGGAGUCCUUCCAUGGCCUGUCCAGUGAGUUGCCAACCCAUAUCAACUGCCUGCUGUUCUUCAGUUUUAUCCUGAAUUUAUUCUGGUUUUUAAAGAAGCUUCCCAUGAUAUAUCCCAUUGUCUGAAGGCCCAUGUCAAAGAGAUCGGGCUACCCAUCAUCCUUCACCUCUCUGCCCUCUCCACCCUCCUCUUCCAUCUGCCUUUCCUCCCUACACUUCUUUUCCUUUCUUUCUUUCUUCUUUCCUUACUUCUGCUUCUGCUUCUUAUUAUUCUUUUCACUCUUGUCUUCUGA